AUGACGCGCAUGGUGGCGCUAACUGGCGACCGCUGCGACUACUACACCGACAGGGCGGACAUCCGGCGCGCAGUGCUGGAGUCGCCGAGCAAGCACGUGCGCGAGAUGCCCGCCAUGGACGUGGACGCGCUGAUGCAGGCGUGCCGGCAGCAGGGGCCUUCACGCACCUCCGGCUUCAUCUUCCCAGGUACCAAGUGGUGCGGCCCUGGUAGUGUGGCGCGCUCCUACCACGACCUGGGACCAAGAGAGGCGGAGGAUCGCUGCUGCCGCGAGCACGACCACUGUCCCGCCACGCUGGCGCCCGGAGAGUGCCGCUCCGGGCUUUGCAACCACUCGCCAUUUACCAGGUCCCACUGCGACUGCGACCACCGCUUCAAGCGCUGCCUGCAGAUGCUGGACACCCCCGCGGCGCACACGCUGGGCGCCGUCUUCUUCAACGUGGCGCAGGUCAUGUGCUUCCGGGACCAGCGGCCCUGCAGGCGCCGGGACGCACGGCGGUGCUCUGCGAGGAUGGCGGCGGUGGGGCCGUACCCGCUGCCGCCCCCGGGGGCGGCUCUGGUGUCGCGGCUGCUCAACCUGCUGCAGCGCUGA